AUGUUGCAACGACUGGUAGGAAGAGCUGCCGCUCGUCACAAUGCACUACCUACCAGCUUAGCAGAGUCUACAACUUGCUACCGCUUUAAAACCAACAACAAUAAAAUAGAUUACUCAAAGUACCCAAAAUUAAAUGAGGACGAUUUGGAGGAGGACUUCAUGCGCGGGAGUGGGCCUGGUGGGCAAUCAGUUAAUAAAACUUCCAACUGCGUUUUCUUGCGUCACAUCCCAACAAACUUAACAAUAAAAUGUCACACGCAUCGACUGGCUUCUAAAAAUCGCAUAGAAGCACGAAAACUUUUAUUGGAAAAAUUGGAUGCCCAUUUUAAUGGCGAGAAUGCUGUGGCAGCACAAUUAAAAAUUCUUGAAUCAAAAAAAUCGACUGAACGCAAGCGCAGACAGCAAAAAUUAAAUGAAAUGAAAAAGAACUGGAAAGAACGGGAGCAAGCAAUUAGUGACAGCGAGGAAAGGGCGUGAAAGCGUUCUUCAUUAGCUAAGGUACAAAAAUAUGUUUGUUAAUUUUUAACUUGUCAUUUAUAUAAGUAUGUAAUCUAUACGUUUGUAUGAAUAAAUCUAAAUCUACCAUGUAGAAAAAUCCCCGAAGGUUCCUUUACCUACA